CUCGGGAAAUAAAAAUUAACAAUUUUGUUUUGCCCCCUCUUCCCUCCCGGUUGGUCUAUUAACUAGUUUCCCGUGUGUUCGGUCCUACUUUUUUACUUUCCGUGCGUGUCUCACCUGUGCGCUUUAAAUCGAUAUUUUGAAAAAAGUAACCGAUCACGGGAUCGACGUUAGUUUUCCACGAGUCGCAAGAUAUAGUACACUGUCCAGUCGAGUCCGCUUCUAAUACAUUAUACUUACCUACCCGUUUGUAAAUCGUAUACUGUUCGUCCCAAUUCGCUCGAUUACACUGAGAAAGUGAAUCUGUUUAGGAAAUGGGAUGUAAUGUACAAAAAAUAGUCACGUGGUAUCAAAAGAAAAUUGGAACUUAUGAUAAACAACAGUGGGAAAAGACUAUCGAACAACGUAUUCUUAGCGGAUUCACGCAUGUUCCAAAGAAAAAUGCGAAACUCAAGACUGAUUUAAUCGACGUAGACUUGGUCAGAGGGUCGGCGUUCACCAAAGCCAAACCAAAACACGGGUUUAUCACAGUCACCCGCCUAGCUGUCAUCCGAUUGCUGCUUUUGCCGUUCUAUUACAGUUGGUACGUGCACCAGACGUCAUGGCGGUUGUACCUGUCGCUGUUGUUCCUGUACGUGGUGCAAUUGGGAAACAUCAUUUUGUUCGGUUACGUCACGAUUGUCUCGGCUGAAGAAGACGACGUAUCGCUGUUCGUGUCGAUUGGAGAAGUAUUAAGUCCGUUAAUUAUGAUGUUAAUACUGAGUAUAGUGCACUCUCAAAUCGUAUCUACUACUACUAUUUCUAAGAAGAACUUCCUGAAAAACUCCAGAUCUCAUAGUCCGCGAUGCUCUAAAAAGAGACUCUCUACCUCAAUUAAAAAUAAAAAUUCGACUGAACUGAACGUAGAUAAUAUCCCUCCUUCGAUGGUAUCUGCUGAAAACAAAUAUUUGAAGCGCAGAAACAGAAUUGGGGAUGUGACUAAAUCGCGAAACGUAGCUUGGGAUACUUCACCAGUAAAGACCCGUAACUGGGUUAUUGAUUCCUCACCCGAUGUUAGCAUUCCUGUAGUUACCGAAGAUUUAACCACAGAAUUACGUCUAGUCAACCUAGAAGAGAAAAAACAAUUGGGAGGAGUCGACCGUAUGGAUGUGAGGCCUGAUAGGUCAAGCUCAGCGCACGACGAUGAUGGAUUUGAAAGUUUAAACGGCAAUGGUUCUAGUGACAAUCCUGAAGAAGAAAUUUUGACUGGAAUUGUAACAUCACAAUUUUCUGAAUCGACAACUAGCGCCGAACAAUCUAGUAGUACUCCUAAACACGACUCAUUAGUGACUAAAGCAAAUGUUAUCACAACACACCCAUCUAAGAAGACCAUAGACGAUAUAGCGAAUAAGAAUAUAUCCAGUCAAAAGCGAUCAUUGAGAUUUAAAAAAAGUCCUAUUACUUCAUCUAAAGCUACCAUUGUUGAUUUAGAUCGCAGAUUAUCAGCUUUUCAACCAUCUUUAUGUUUUCCAUAUGUCGUCAAUUCAGAAUCUGAAGACAGCGAACAAGAGUUGGAAAAUAAACCAUCAGUUUGCCAUAAGCGUUCAAUGAUUAGACGUGGCCAUCGUUUACAAAUGUUAACCAAGUCAAAUUCUGAUGUAGACGAAGGCGAUAACGUGGACAGUUCUUCUAGCCGCCAAACGGAUGAUGAAGGAGAUGUUUUGUCUUCAAACGGUGGUAGUGCAUGUCCCUUAUCAAUGUUGACUGAAGGAACGACUAGUGCCGGUGAAUGGAUUGGUCUUACGACCAACACCGAGGAAGGUUCUUCCACGUCGGAUUUAGAAGCUGAACAGGCAACAUUGAUGAGUGAUAACAAUCUCGAUCAUCCGUUUCUAUGGGAAUUUGAAACUACGCCGACAGUUAUACUUAGUCCUAGCUGUGCUGCAUCCGAUCGAGUGAGCUGCACAAUGUGGGAAAAGAAAGAAGUUAAAAAAGCCGAUUUAUCUGUAUUAGACAUAAGUUCUGCGAUUAUAGCUAGAGUUGAAGAAAUUCCUGAACAAAUGGAUUAUUUUUACUUAGGUGUUUUUCUAUCUGUGAUAAUAUCUCUCAUGCCAUCAGCUUAUAGAUUACUUAAUAGCCUUACAGAAGACAAACCAUUACCGACACUAGCAAUAACUGUAAACGUACCACCGGAAAAUGUUUACCAUCAUUAUGUGUCGAUGUUGUUUACUAUUCUUAAUGAUGCGUUUGCACCAAUCGGCUGGGAGAGAUAUAUAGUCAUAACUACACUCGUAGAACGUUUCUGUUUAUCGCUUAUGUUCUUCUUUCUGUUGACUGUGGCAGAACGCACAUACAAACAGCGUUUUCUUUAUGCAAAAUUCUUUUCACACCUAACAUCUUUCAGAAGAGCUCGAAAAUCGAAAUUGCCACAUUUUAGAUUGAAUAAAGUACGAAAUAUUAAAACGUGGCUAUCCAUUCGAUCUUAUUUAAAAAAACGUGGACCUCAAAGAUCGGUAGACGUAAUUGUGUCGUCGUCAUUUUACAUAUCAUCGUUGUUUCUAGCUAUUCUUAGUGUUGAAUUGCUCAAAGAUACGUUUUCUUUAAGUUCAGAAUUUCAUUUGGAAUCUUCUGCAUGGUGUAUGGUUUUAGGAAUUUACCUAUUGCGAUUUUUGACCCUUGGUACGAAAAUAAACAAAAAAUACAGAAACCUGUCUACGCUUAUUACUGAACAGAUUAAUCUAUACUUGCAAAUCGAACAAAAGCCUAACAAAAAGGACGAGUUUAUGGUAGCCAAUAGCGUAUUGAAGUUGGCAGCGGAUUUACUCAAGGAAUUGGAAAGUCCAUUUAAAAUCGCUGGACUGUCUGAUAACCCAUACUUGUUCACGCUGAUAAAAGUGGUCAUCUUGUCAGCUCUGUCCGGUGUUCUCUCUGAAUUGUUAGGGUUUAAAUUGAAAUUGCACAAAAUCAAAAUCAAAUAAUCAUCAGUGAAGAAUAUAGAAUAAAAAAAAUGUUAUUGAUGUCUAUUUCAUGGCGGUGGUUAUUGUGGAUUAUCGCGUGUUUAUUUUUCUGCUUUAGAUACUUUGAAAAUAGUCGAUACCGUUUUUUUUUUUUUAAAGUAUAAUAUGUAAUUUGUAUUCAACAAUAUUAUUUAUUUUACACAAAAGUGUAUUUUUCUAGUUGAAUUUUUUUUUUUAAUUUGUAUGACUUAAACGCGCAUAGGUACACAGACAUCGAUAUUAUUAAAAAAACACAGUUUAUAAUACUGUUGGCCAAGGCUUUAAGAACGAUAGCUUGGCGAUCUCUAUAGGAGUGAAAAAACAAUAACAUACCUUUUAAGUAUAAUAAUUGUCGCUAUUUUAGGUACCAUUUUUUUUUUUAUUCUCUGAGCCCUUAAGGUGUCGAGGUCUGCCAUAAUAUAUAUACAUAUAUUACUAUUAUAAUAUUUAUAUAUUUUUUUGGUGUUUCUUAUUAUUAUUAUUUUUUUUUUUU